AUGCUUCUCUUCCAAAUCGGACAAAUACCAUUUUUAACAAACCAACCCUUAAAAAAUCCAGGGCUUUCCAGCUCUUUAUCGCCAGUUGACGUCUUUACUCGAAAUCGCAUGCUUGCCCGAGCUGAUCCAGAGAAUCUCGGCGACAAGGAAUUAAUUUGCAACGAUCGCGUUCUCGUUGUGACGGUCGCCAACAUGCUUGCUGGAUCAGACACCACGACCAUUAUUCUACGAGAAAUUUUCGAUUAUCUUGUGAAGAAUCCAGCGAUAUGA